CCUCGGUGAGCGAAGGAAGGGCGGGGACCCGGAUGUGUGUGGUGGCGGCGGCCGAAGAGCUUGUGUGCGGAUCUGAGAGGCCUAUGGAUGAGGAGGACGCGGCGGCCCCGGUUUGUUCUCAUGAACAAGAUGGAUGACCUCAACCUGCACUACCGGUUUCUGAAUUGGCGACGGCGAAUCCGGGAGAUUCGGGAGGUCCGAGCUUUCAGAUAUCAGGAGAGGUUCAAACACAUUCUUGUAGAUGGAGACACUUUAAGUUACCAUGGAAACUCUGGCGAAGUUGGCUGCUACGUGGCUUCUCGACCCCUGACCAAGGACAGCAAUUAUUUUGAGGUAUCUAUUGUGGACAGUGGAGUUCGGGGCACCAUUGCUGUGGGGCUGGUCCCUCAGUACUAUAGCUUGGAUCACCAGCCUGGCUGGUUACCUGACUCUGUGGCCUACCAUGCUGAUGAUGGCAAGCUGUAUAAUGGCCGAGCCAAGGGCCGCCAGUUUGGGUCAAAGUGCAACUCUGGGGACCGGAUUGGCUGUGGCAUUGAGCCUGUGUCCUUUGAUGUGCAGACUGCCCAGAUCUUCUUCACGAAAAAUGGGAAGCGGGUGGGCUCUACCAUCAUGCCUAUGUCCCCGGAUGGACUGUUCCCAGCAGUGGGCAUGCACUCCCUGGGUGAGGAGGUGCGACUGCACCUCAAUGCUGAGCUGGGCCGUGAGGACGACAGCGUCAUGAUGGUGGACAGUUAUGAGGACGAGUGGGGCCGGCUGCAUGAUGUCAGAGUCUGUGGGACUCUGCUGGAGUACUUGGGGAAGGGCAAGAGCAUUGUGGAUGUGGGGCUGGCCCAGGCCCGGCAUCCACUGAGCACCCGCAGCCACUACUUUGAGGUGGAGAUUGUGGACCCUGGAGAGAAAUGCUAUAUCGCCUUGGGGCUGGCUCGGAAGGAUUAUCCCAAGAACAGGCACCCUGGCUGGAGCAGAGGGUCUGUGGCUUAUCAUGCAGAUGACGGGAAGAUCUUCCACGGCAGUGGCGUGGGAGACCCCUUUGGGCCACGCUGUUACAAAGGGGAUAUUAUGGGCUGUGGAAUCAUGUUCCCCCGGGACUACAUCCUGGACAGUGAGGGAGACAGUGAUGACAGCUGUGACACAGUGAUCCUGUCACCGACUGCCCGGGCUGUCAGGAAUGUUCGGAACGUCAUGUACCUGCACCAGGAAGGAGAAGAAGAAGAGGAGGAAGAGGAAGAGGAAGAUGAUGGAGAAGAGAUAGAGCCAGAGCAUGAGGGCAAAAAGGUGGUGGUAUUCUUCACUAGGAACGGCAAGAUCAUCGGGAAGAAGGAUGCUGUUGUACCUUCUGGAGGCUUCUUCCCCACCAUUGGCAUGCUGAGCUGUGGGGAGAAAGUCAAAGUAGACCUGCACCCCCUAAGUGGCUAGGCCUCCCUACUGCCUCCUCUCUCCUCACCCUCUGCGAACCACGGACUCAACUCCUGACUUCCCCGAGGAUGUGCUCAGCCAGCAGGCCUGGGGGUGCAUAGUCGCUCUGCCCCUCCCAGCUCAGGCUCCUCAGGCUUCUCUGUACUCACAUUUCUGACCUCCUGCCUCCCCUCUCAUCAGUCCCUGGGCCUGAGAACAGCCCCAGAGAAUGCUGUUAACACUGGGUGGGUCCUGCUUGCUUGGGUGAGUGGGCAUUAGGAUCCCCUUUCCCUGGCUGGCUCUGUAUGAAUGGGGAGGAGUGGACACCUGUCUCAGCUGCUGUUUGGGCAUGAUGCUUUGUAGAGGGUGAUGAGGAGAUAGCCCUCUCCCCUACUUGCUACAGUAUUUUUACUUGGACUCUUCCUUUUUGUUCCCUGUCCUCCUGGUGGGAACUGGUUGCUGCUGUCAUCCCCCUGGCAGGGUUCUGGGGCCUCUCUUGGGCUGUCUCUCUACCUUCAGUGGCUACUGCCACAUGAAAUUCUCUAGGGUCUCUUUUCUUUCCUGCAAGAGCUGGCUUCCUUGCCCUCACCUGCUCAGGCACCCAGAGAAUCUUUGGCUCCCCGGUGGAUACCUGUUGCAUGGUUACGAGAGAGGGGCUAUGAGGUGGCAGGGCCCUGGGACCUUUACUUCUCUCCCCCUUUCAUCUCCUGGUCACCUGACACGUCUCUAUCUCCCUAGGAUGGAGGCUAAGGCUCUGGGGCAUGUUUCCCCUGCUGUAGCGUGAGUGCCAGCCCAGGGCCUGAGCUAAGCCCAGAAGGGCAGCUGGGCCCCUCAUUCUCUUGUCCAGCCCCUACUCCCACCCUGGUGCCCCAGCUUGCUGCUUGUCCCACUUGCCUGUUUUGCUUCAGUGUUGGAUUCUAGCACCUAUGUAUUUCUGCCCCUACCAAACCCUUAUAUCUCCUUCUAUCCCCUUGACCCUCCCCAUAGCCAUGACUUCUCCCAGGAGGAAGAGGCAGCAGGGACUGUUAGCCUUGGUUUGCACAGAGUGGGCGAGGCAGUGGAGAAAGCAGGUGAUCGGUGGUGCUACUGGAGCCUCCUCUGGCCUCUCUUCAGGCCCUGCAGUAUGAUAUAUGACAUGUAUGUACAGGACAGAGAUGUUUAUACAGCUGGUAAAGAUGGAGUUUCUGUAUUUAUCA